GCAAAGAGAUCAUGUGAACGCGCAAAUCAGGAAGUGCCCUGUGCGCGUUCUCUUUCUAGUUUUGCUUUUGACUGCGGCUAAAUAUUAUUUUGUUCCACAAAAAGCGCGACUCGUUCUGUAAAGGCUGAAUGACAGUUGAUGGUUUAUGUAUGAAUACGUAUCAGAGAUGGGGCCUGGAUAAAGGAGCGAAUGUUCUGGAAGCAGGGCGGACUGCCGCGGUUAGAGUGCGGGAAGAAGCGCAGCGGCCUGUGGGCGUCGAGGAGCUCAUCAGCCGGCUACACACACAACAAGACUCCGGGUCCUCUGUGUGACAAAACGGAAUUCAUUCACUUGCUCAUUCAGACCUGUCCCUUUCUUUCACUGUCCUCCUGAUUUUGUUUUGGGAGAGAUCCGUUAUUUAUCAUCGCCAAGAUAGCCGGGCCAGGUAGGAAGAGGCACACCUCAGAUCCAGACCCCAGCAGCGGUAGUGAUUCUGGCAACGGGCGUCCUCUUAGCGCCAAGUGCCUGAAGAUGGCCAGCAGUGGUGGGAGCAGUGCAGCUGGGAAUGAAGUGGUGGGACAUUGUGGUGGAGCUCAGCAUCAGCAAAGAGGAGGCCCUGGGAGGGACAACGGCACAGAAUUGAUCUCCAACACCAGCAAGAAGAAGCAAAAGGACAAGGCGAACCAAGAGAGCAGAGAGGCCAAACGCGUGGCAGCUGGAGAAGGUCUUAUUGCAGAUGUUAAAAAAGAUGUGUUCAUGGACUGGAAGCAGAAUGCUAAUGAAGUGAUUGUCAGACUACGAUGUGGGGUUGGGGUGCAGAGGAUUGAAGAAAUCACAACUGACUUCACUGAUACACACUGUCAUGUAUACUUCCCAGAUGGACGCCAGUGGAGUUGCCAUUUGCAGGAGGAAAUCGAGGCAUCGUGUAGCAGAGUCCAGUAUAAGGAAAAAGGAAGUUUCCUGAUACUCAUCAUGCACAAAAAAGUUCCAUUUCACAACUGGCCUUCACUGAAGUCAAACAAAAAGUCAAAAGAACCAGUACUCAUCGAGACCAAGAAAGACAGUGAGCCGGAACUCAAGGCUGCAACAUUGGCGUCGACAGGGGACCUUUCUUCUCUGCUCCAGCUCCAACCUCCUUCCUCACCUGCACACAAUGAGUCGAGACGUGUUUGUGGCAAAGCUGAGCGUGCUGCCAAACGCUCCCUGACAAACAAACCAGGAUGUGAUAAACUUGCUACAGACUCUGCAGGGCAGAAAGGUGGAGCUGGGGAUAGCUCGUUUACCACCAGCAAGGUUAAUGCAAUUGUGAGAGGUGACCAACAGCUUCGGGAGCCAAUUACCAAGGAUACCAUCAUACCACCAUCCAAGACAUCCAAGGAAGCUCUGCGACAAACUGAGAAAGCCAUACAUUCUCUGAAUUCUCUAGCUAAUGACAAAGCUCCAUGUACACACCAGCCUGCUGGAUCAAACCUGCAGACACAACACGGGGAAGCAGAUAGGAAGUUGCUUGGGAGUAACCAGGAAUGUAAACAUGAAGCUGAUACUGGCAGCCACACAAGCAAAACUCAGGCAGCAGAAUACAAAAAUCUGUCUUCAGAGAUGGAGAAUACAUCUGCAACAGCUGCUUGUGGAAGUGAUGUCCACCUAGCACAUCCUGUUAGCAUUAGUAACUGUCUAAAAGCUAAUGACGUCAAUAUUGUUGUGGACACAGCUUCUGCAGAAAGGCUAACAGAGUUCCACACAGACAGAACUGACUCUGAGCCGGACAAUAAACCUGUUGGACAGAAUAUAGAGCAGGAUUCUUUGAUCCACCAGCGGCUUGGGUGUGGAGAGGCAGCUUCAGUACCAGCCACAGCUGUAAGCACCAAUCAAGGGCAGUCAACAUCUCCAGCUCAGAGACAGGCCAACUGUGAGGGAGAAGAGAAGCAGGACCAGUCGAAAGAGGAACCACCUCUGGAAAUCAUGCAACAGGAAGAACCAGAAGCAAUUGUUAACCUGCAGUUUGUGAAGAACGAUUCGUAUGAGAAAGGCACCGACCUGAUGGUAGUUAAUGUUUACAUGAAGGGCAUCUCCAGGGAUACAGCCAGGGUCAUCUUCAGGGAACAGGACUUCACUCUCAUCUUUCAGACCAGUGAUACUAACUUUCUGCGGCUGCACUCACAAUGUGGGCCAAACACAGUUUUCAAGUGGCAAGUCAAACUCAGGAACCUCAUCCAGCCUGAGCAGUGUAGCUACGCUUUCACUCCAUCUCGACUGGACAUCACCCUAAAGAAGAGGCACAACCAGCGCUGGGGGGGUCUAGAGGCCCCUGCAACACAAGGUGCAGUGGGUGGUGCCAAGGUUGCUGUUGUCUCCAGCCCCGCCUGCAUGGAGAAGAGCCAGCCAGGCAGCAGUGAGCAUAACCUCCCAUCGAAGGAGGAGCCUCCUCGUGUUGUAGAAGAGAAACCAAAGGCAUCUAAAGUCUCACCCAGAGUGGAAGAUGGAGGUCUGGACACUGUGGCUCCACACUCUGUCUGUGAACAUGUUCCCAUCUCUAAACCAGAGCACACCGUUACCACUCCGAAACCCACCUGCAUGGUGCAGCCGAUGACUCAUACUCCUGCCAGCCAUGAGCCCCGUGACGAGGAGGAGGAGAAAAAGGUGUGCCUCCCUGGUUUUACAGGUUUGGUCAACCUUGGCAACACCUGCUUCAUGAACAGCGUCAUCCAGUCCCUGUCCAACACCAGAGAGCUCAGGGAUUACUUUCAUGAUCGAGCAUUUGAGGCAGAAAUCAACUGCAACAAUCCACUCGGAACAGGAGGGAGGCUAGCAAUUGGCUUUGCUGUGCUUCUCAGGGCCCUUUGGAAGGGAACACAUCAUGCCUUCCAGCCAUCAAAACUCAAGGCAAUUGUUGCCAGCAAAGCUAGUCAGUUUACAGGUUAUGCUCAACAUGAUGCUCAAGAAUUCAUGGCUUUUCUGCUGGAUGGCCUUCAUGAGGACUUGAACCGAAUCCAGAAUAAACCAUACACGGAGACUGUGGACUCUGAUGGACGGCUAGAUGAAGUGGUUGCAGAGGAGGCUUGGCAGAGACACAAAAUGAGAAAUGACUCCUUUAUAGUGGACCUCUUCCAAGGCCAGUUCAAAUCCAAGCUCGUCUGUCCUACAUGUUGCAAGGUCUCUAUCACCUUUGAUCCUUUCCUUUACCUGCCAGUCCCCUUGCCCCAGAAACAAAAGGUGCUCUCAGUUUUCUACUUUGCUAAAGAACCUCACAAAAAACCUGUCAAGUUCCUGGUGAGUGUGAGCAAGGAGAACUCUAGCACUGCUGAAGUCCUCGAUUCCAUCUCCAAAAACGUGAGGGUCAAACCGGAGAACCUCAGACUGGCAGAGGUGGGAAAGUGUCGGUUCCAACGCAUUUUCUUACCGUCACAUUCUCUCGACACAGUGUCCUCCUCCGACAUGUUGUUCUGUUUUGAGGUGUUGUCUAAAGAUCUGGCCAAGGAAAGAGUGUUUUUGUUCCAAGUACAGCAGAGACUCCAGGUCCCCAACAUCCCCAUCUCAAAAUGUGCAGCCUGCCAUAAGCCUCCACUACCUGAUGAAGACAAGCUGAAACGAUGCACCCGCUGCUACCGUGUGGGCUACUGCAAUCAGGUAUGUCAGAAGAACCAUUGGCCCAAUCAUAAGGGUCUGUGUGGACCUAACACAGAGAAUGUGGGUCUGCCCUUCCUGGUUAGUGUGCCAGAGUCACGACUCUCCUAUGACCGACUCACCCAUCUACUCGAAGGCUACUCAAGGUUUUCGGUCAAUGUAUUUCAGCCUCCUUUCCAAUCAGGUAGGAGUUCCCCUGAGACUCUGCUGUGCCGGGCAGACCUGCCACCAAUGACAGCAGGUACUCCUGAUGGUCUGGGACCAGGCGAGGAGGCCCUGAACAGUUGUCGCUCUGUCGCAUCAGGCAGUUUGGAGAACCACUCAGUGGCACCUGAAUCUCAGGCAGAUCAUGCUCAGGCCUCGGCCCACCAUUGCGGGGACUCUGGUUCCUUCUCCUUGUCGCAGACUUCAAAUUCUACUGCACAGACUACAGACUCAGGAUUCUCAGAGCCACCCUCUUCCACUUCCUGCUACUCUUUGGACCCCCACACUGAAAAGGAGACAUCCUGUGAGAAGGCAGUACGGCCAGAAGCUGCUGUAACAGGGUAUCAACAGCCAUGUGAAUCACCUUCAGGUCAUGCCAGUCAGUUCUAUAUCACUUGCCUGGACUCCAGCAGCAAGGACCAGAGGCUGGAUGAGAAAGAAGACAUUUUGGUGGACCUCCCUGAAGAUGCUACUCUGGAAUUGGUGUGGAAAAAUAAUGAGCGGGCGAAGGAGUAUGUUCUGGUGAGCUCAAAAGAGCUGGAGUUUGAGGAGGAUCCAGGCUCACUGAGUGAGACAGUCAGAGCAGGACACUUCACGCUGGAGCAGUGCCUCAACCUUUUCACAAAGCCAGAGGUGCUCGCACCAGAGGAAGCUUGGUACUGUCCAAAGUGCCAACAGCACCGUGAAGCCUCCAAACAACUGCUGCUGUGGCGUCUGCCCAAUGUGUUAAUUAUCCAACUCAAACGUUUCUCCUUCAGGAGCUUCAUUUGGAGGGACAAAAUUAAUGACAUGGUUGACUUCCCUGUCAGGAAUCUGAACCUAAGCAAGUUUUGCAUUGGCCAAAAGGAUGAGAUGCAACAUCCCCCAGUCUAUGAUUUGUAUGCUGUUAUCAACCACUAUGGGGGAAUGAUAGGAGGUCACUACACAGCCUACGCUCGCCUGCCAAGCGACAAGAACAGUCAGCGUAGUGAUGUUGGCUGGCGCCUGUUUGACGACAGCACAGUGACAAUGGUGGAAGAGAGUCAGGUAGUGACGCGCUACGCCUAUGUGCUUUUCUAUCGACGGCGAAACUCUCCUGUGGAAAGGCCACCACGUUUCCUCAGGCCAAUGGGAGCGGAAUCACCGAGUGCUGCAGGAGCAGCUGCUAGUCAGGCCUCCAGUGACUCACUAUUUGGGAAUGACCUGGACUCUGAAGGCCCGCCAGCAUUAAACCCAGAGGUGCCCUCUGACCUCUUCUCCCACUCCGCAGAGUGUGCAGCACCACCCUACAGCAACAUGGAAGAAGUGGACUGAUGACUGAUGUGCUGGGUGGAGCUGGUGAUCCACUGAGUGCGCAGGUGGAUGUCCACUGAUCAACAGCUCCACAGGAGAUGGUUCUCUUGCUGGAAGCUGCUCCUCAGAUAUGUAGUUGUCCUAAGACUCUCAAACCAAAGGGUGCAGUUGGAGAAGAUCUGCAGGUGGCCUUUGGAACAUUGAAGGUGCUCAGUGGUGAUGGGCCUUUAGAUGUGGAUUCAGUACAAACUGGACAUACGCGUUAUCAGACACACUCCUUAAUUACACAAUAUAAUUUUCCAUUGAUGAAGACAAAGCAGUUUAUAUGCAGUUGGGCUCUUAAAUACCCACACACUUUUUAAAAACGUAUUUUUGCUGUCUCACACAGUGUAAGCUACAAGUGCACAGGUUCAGUUGUAAUUUAAAGCCAUUUCUACAAAACCUGGGUGUGUUGUGCUGAAUUUCCAUCACUUUUUGUAUUUGCUUUUGUCAGUAGCUAAAAGUAAAAGGAUACAAUGAAUUAAUUGUAAUUUGUGGUAGGUCCUUUGCUGUCGGUCAUUCUGAAAACUGGAGUUCGAAGACGUGGCAAGGUUGCGUCAUCUGUAAUUUGGCCUACCUGUGUGUGAGAUGUGUUGGUAUUGUACGUUUCAUGUUAAAUCCUCUGUUUACUUUGGUGAAGUCUUGGUGGUUCUGACACAGAUAUGCAAACCACCUGAAGGGUGUUCUUGAUCUGGCUUGUGAAGGACUUUUUAAUAGACUGAACAAAUUAUUUUAUCAUCCCCCACAGUUGUUACAUCUGGUCUUCCAGGUUUCACUUUUUCCCCCUACUCUUUGAAACAUUGAAAAGCAUGUUUUCAGUGUCUACGUGCAGGUGUGGUGCCUUGUUUUCUCGGCAGUGAUUGCUCUUUGAUCUUGGGAUAGACAGUAAACAAAUUCUAAAUGUAACUGAUAAAAAUCUGGUUAGAUGAGCACCCAAACUGUCAGAUUGUUUUUAGUCAUUCAAUGGAGGAACACAAAAUGUUGAAAUUCUGCUGUGUGCAGAGCUUGUAAACACCUUCAAAUUAAAGCUGACAGCCUGCACUUCAAGCUUGGAGUCAUUAUCUUUGGACUCCGUUAUACUGUGGUGAAUGGCUAAAAAAAAACUGGGUGUAGAAAUAUUUUUAGAGCCAACUAGUUAAACUCAUUUGGUACAUAUGGUGACACAGUUGUAGAAGCUACUGCACUUGUAUCAUCUGUUAUUAGUUUAUGUUAAGUUUUUUCUAAUGCAAUUUAUCCCUAAAAUGUUUAAGGUGUGUUAUCAUGCUUCCACAAACCAGUGCACCUUGAGAUUUAAUGUAAAGAUCAAACUAGCUCAUCUUGACCAGACCAAGGCAGGCGGGAUGGAGUUUUGAGUGAGGGUUCUCUGAAAUUUUUGUCCCUCUCUUUCCUCAUCCAGUGGCUUCACAUCUCCAUGAAUGCACCACAGUUCUCCCAUGAUGCACAAUAAUUUUUGACACAAAAUUGUGCUUCAGCAGUUUCCAGUAAAGACGAGAGCAAUCGCAGCGCAGAAUAGGUUUUUAUGGUGCUCCACUGUGCAGCAUCUCAUCUGGGAGAAGGAUGAGAUGUUUUGGGAUCAAGGCAGAAUCUCACCCAAAGAAUCAGAAAAAGUCCCUUUGGCUGCUCCCUUGAUUGCACUUGGGGUCGCCACAGUAAAUCCAAGGUGGAUCUGCAUGUUGAAUUGGCACAAGUUUUACGCUGGAUGCCCUUCCUGACGCAACUCCACAUUACAUGGAGAAAUGUGGCAGGGCUGGGAUUUGAACCCGGAACCUUCUGAACUGAAACCAAGUGCAUUAACCACUUGGUCACCACAGAUUACAAUAAUUCUCCCAGCAAACUGGAAUCUAUACCAUGUGAAUCUGACAAAAUCACGCACUCGAGGUGUCGCUUUAUUUUGAAAUGCGAAGCCACUGGAAUGCCUAGUUUGAGUUGGUGUAACAGGGUACACCGUAAUGUGGAUUAAACUUGUAGCAGUUGAAAAGAAAUUAGUGACAGGUGCUGAACUGCUACUUUUUAUCAACAGAUUGCGCACUUUUUGUCACAAAAUCCAUGUAACCUGUUUUGCUUUAAUGUACAUGUUUUGAAAGUGGAUUCUGUGGUUACAAUCACUGAUGUCCUUCAGUGUAAUCUGAAAUGUGCAUGGCUGCAUGUUCUUGCAAACUGUAACUCUCAACCUUUGUUAAAAACACAUCUUUCCAGUUUUGCUGCUUCUCAUUUCCCCCUCCUUUGUAACAGACUGCGUUUAUUUGAAGUGGGGAUCCUUAAGAAUGGUGCUGUGGAUAUAAAUGGUUAAUAUAAAUAAAAACAGUUUGGAGAAU